GGGACGUCCGGGGGGCGCGCACGCAUCCGGCCCGCGGUGCGCGCGCAGGUUGGUGCGUCGGUCGGGGGCGCGCUCGGGUAACCUGUACCCCACGUAGUCGCCGGUUACCGAUCGGACUAAGCUCCAGUGGUGAUUUGCAAGUCAGAAUGUCCCCAGAAGUGGCCUUGAACCGAAUUUCUCCAAUGCUCUCCCCGUUCAUAUCUAGCGUGGUCCGUAAUGGAAAAGUGGGACUAGAUGCUACCAACUGUUUGAGGAUAACGGACUUGAAGUCUGGCUGCACAUCCUUGACUCCUGGACCCAACUGUGACCGGUUUAAAUUGCACAUACCAUACGCUGGAGAGACCUUAAAAUGGGAUAUCAUUUUCAAUGCCCAAUAUCCAGAGCUGCCUCCCGAUUUUAUCUUCGGAGAAGAUGCUGAGUUCCUGCCAGACCCCUCGGCUCUGCAUAACCUUGCCUCCUGGAAUCCAUCAAAUCCUGAAUGUCUCUUACUUGUGGUGAAGGAACUUGUGCAACAGUAUCACCAAUUUCAAUGCAGCCGUCUCCGUGAGAGCUCCCGCCUCAUGUUUGAAUACCAGACAUUACUGGAAGAGCCGCAGUAUGGAGAGAACAUGGAAAUUUAUGCUGGGAAAAAGAACAACUGGACGGGUGAAUUUUCAGCUCGUUUCCUUUUGAAGCUGCCAGUGGAUUUCAGCAAUAUUCCCACAUACCUGCUCAAGGAUGUGAAUGAAGACCCGGGAGAAGAUGUGGCCCUCCUUUCUGUCAGCUUCGAGGACACUGAAGCCACUCAGGUGUACCCCAAGUUGUACUUGUCACCCCGAAUUGAACAUGCACUUGGAGGCUCCUCAGCUCUUCACAUCCCAGCUUUUCCAGGAGGAGGAUGUCUCAUUGAUUAUGUUCCUCAAGUGUGCCACCUGCUCACCAACAAGGUGCAGUAUGUGAUUCAAGGCUACCACAAAAGACGAGAGUACAUUGCCGCUUUCCUCAGUCACUUUGGCACGGGUGUCGUGGAAUACGAUGCAGAAGGCUUUACAAAACUCACUCUGUUGCUGAUGUGGAAAGAUUUUUGUUUUCUUGUACACAGUGACAGCUGCGCUUAAGUCCGUGAACAUUUAAGCAUAUUCUUUGUGACAAACACCAUCUGAAUACUAAAGUUAUGGGGCUGCAUGGGACAUGUUCAUUUUCCAAAAGAACUCACAGUCUACUCAGAUGCCCUGUGAUUUUUCCCAGCGAACACUUCUUUUUUUUAAUAUCUCUUUGGCUGUGCUCGUAUUCUUUUUUUUUUUUUUCCAUUUGGGCAUAGCUUGGAAACCUCAUGUGUCUUGUCAACUGUCUCCUAAGUCAGACAAAUUAAAAGGAUUUGCAAAGUGUACCCUUCAGCUCUUGUUUGGUGGAGACCUCAGAACUGAAUCGGAGUCUCAGCGAAGCAUCUCCGAAUGGCAUGGCCUUUGUCGGAUGCUGGAAGACUGAAGUGGGCCACGCCUUCUGUUCAAACUGUUCCACCGCAGUCAGUCAGGGAGAAGGUGAAACCCAUUUCGAUGGGACAGGGCUGGAACCCUUAUUUAUAAGAAGAUGAGCACAUGCGCAGUUGGCCUCCCACCAAGAGGACCGGAGACUUCAAAAGACCCGUUCUUCUGUGAGGUGAACAGCCCGGGAUUGCGGGCUCAGCAGAGUCCACAGAGAGUAAACAAAGGAGAUUGUCCGCUCUCGUGUUCCAAGACCGUUUAUGCCAACAGCAGUCAUUGUUUCCAUUAUUCCAGAGAUCAUGGGGGCUGCAGAAAAGCAACCCGAUCAGAAAAAAAAAAUAAUUGCUUCUUGA